GAUUCUUUUUAAAAUAUCUAAAAAUGUCAGAAUUAGAACUAAUUAAUUUGGGAAAAUUAUCAAAACAACAACGUUUAACAAAAGAUAACAACAAUAUAAAUAUUUUAGAAAGAAUAUCUGAAAAAGAGGAAAGUUUUUACGAAAGUAAUUAUUGUAAAUCAGAAGAAGAAAAGGUUUUUUUAAAGGAAAAUAAUUUUUAA